AUGUCAAACGCGACAGCAACGAAGCCGACUAUCGAAUAUGAGACAACAACUUUCACAUUGAAACCGGACAAUAUUGGCCCAAACAAAGCUACUCUAUUACAUGCUCGAAGUAAAAAGAAUAAUAGCCAAUUUUAUAAAGCUAUCCUCUACAUACAUGGAUAUAGUGAUUAUUAUUUUCAUGAUCACGUGUGUGUCGAAUUUUUAGAACAUGGUUACGAUUUUUUUGCAUUAGAUUUACGUAAAUGUGGCCGAUCGAUUAUUUCACCUGAACAAGAUCAAUACAGACAUUAUUUUAAUGAUAUUCAUGAGUAUGAUGAAGAAAUUACACUGUCAAUUGACCAAAUCAUUAUAGAAGCUAAAGAUAAAGUUAAAAAAUUGAUCCUUUAUGGACACUCGACAGGAGGUCUUAUUGCCUGUCUCUAUGGAUCAGCAGGUUUGAGACAUAAAGAAAUCGGUGCAAUUAUUCUCAACAGUCCGUACUUAGCUGCAUUGGAAACAUCUUUCACAGAAUCAAUGUUACUAAGCGUGGCGACAACUCUUCGUUUAAGUAAAGACAUAGAUGAUAAUUGGUAUAACCGCACGAUACAUGUAUCCAGUCGAGGUGAAUGGAAUUUCGAUACAAGCAAAAAACCAAUUGAAAAAAUUCGAGCCCAUGGUGCUUCUUUUGGGGCUAUACGCCGUGCUCAACAAGAGCUGAUGAGCAGAGGCUCUUGUAUUGAAUAUCCUAUUCUAUGUAUGUGUUCGCAUCGUUCACUAAAACCAGACGCGACUUGGCGUGAUGAAUACACACAAGCCGAUCUUUUACUUAAUGUACCAACAAUGCGACAAGCUGUAUCCACUGUUGGCUCACAAAUAACAUUCUGCGAAAUUGAAAAUGGAAUACAUGAUAUAUUUCUAUCGAGCGCACCAGUUCGUGAAAAAGCAUUCAAAUUAAUGUUUCGUUGGCUUAAACAUCUUGAAGAAGAUUGGAUGGAAUAG